AGGCAGACCACACUACAAGCCCGUCCAACUGCCGGCUCAAUCUUUGCGGUUACUAUUCGUCCGCCCCCCUUUCACUUGACCCACCAUGGCUGUUGGAAAGAAUAAGCGUUUGUCGAAAGGCAAGAAGGGUAUCAAGAAAAAGGUCGUCGACCCAUUCUCUCGCAAGGGUGCGUUACUAGCUUUUCGGGGAGUAUCGCGGUGUGUUGAAUCUUUGCGUAACAGACUGACCCUCGUCAACAGGUCUCAGGGUCUCAAAAACGCCAAUGAUUCGCUGAAGGGCCGCAUUGUCGAAGUUUCUCUUGCCGACCUAAACAAGGAUGAGGAGCAGGCCUUCCGCAAAAUCAAACUGCGCAUACAGGAGGUCCAGGGCAAGAACUGCCUUACCAACUUCCACGGAAUGUCGUUCACAUCUGACAAGCUCCGGUCACUUGUUCGCAAGUGGCAAACCCUCAUUGAGGCACACGUCGACGUCAAGACGACCGACGGCUACCUCCUCCGUCUUUUCGCUAUCGGUUUCACCAAGCGUCGCCCAUCACAGGUCAAGAAGACUACUUACGCUCAGUCAUCCCAGAUUCGUGAGAUCAGGAAAAAGAUGUUCGAGAUCAUGACCCGGGAAGCGACGAGCUGCGACUUGAAGGAGUUGGUGCAGAAGUUUGUUCCUGAGGCGAUCGGUAGGGAGAUUGAGAAGGCCGCGAGGGGCAUCUACCCUUUGCAGAACGUCUACGUUCACAAAGCGAAGAUCCUCAAGGCACCCAAGUUCGACAUGUCGAAGUUGCUUGAGCUUCACGGAGAGUCAACAGACGAAACCGGCACACGGGUGGUCAAGGAGUUCAAGGAGCCUGAGAUCCUCGAAUCUGUCUAAAACUUCCCUUACCUUGUAUCCUUUCCAUCUUUAUUGUCCUUUUAUGCAGCAGGGUAUGACAAUGCUAUGACCAUGAUUCGCUUUGCUUCAUGCACCUCCUUGUUAAGAAUCGAGUGGAUCGCUUUUCCACAGUACUAUCAAGACGGUGAACGCUGACAGAAUAUUGUCUCAUCGAGAUAACAUGGAAAAUCCGGACUGAACAAGCUUGUCGUCUGUGAAUUCCUGUACGAUGCACCCAUUAGAUAUCAAUAUCAAUAUUCCUUGCUGUCCUUGGGGGCGAUUUCAUUGGCUC